AUGAGAUAGUAAAAGGUUUUGUUAAUCACUCUUGCUGUCUUUAGUAUAUUAGGUGGCAUACUUUUUGGUGUUCAACACAAAGAUUACAAAUGGGGAGAGAGUUUUACCAAAAAUUUAAAUAAGAGAAUUACGGCCUGGAAAGAGUGUGUGAAACAAUAUACUGUUGACUGCUCAGAUAAUACUAUUUCUACUAUUGAAGAAUGUCAAAAAGCAGAAAAAAAUUACAUUGAUUGUUAUUAAAAUGAACCAAGCUGCUAGAAAUGGGAUAAUAUAAUCUCAAAAGCUAAAAGGUAUGAAAUUCUAAGAGAAGAAAUGUACGAAUGUGCAUAGAUGUGCGAGAGCUUCGCUGAAAAAGACAGUUUUUAUUACAAAGAUAUUUUUUUAGUCAAAUAUUAAUUUUGUACAGAAUGA